UCACAGUCAGACACUCAGAGGAACUUGGCUCUCCUUUUGAAGACUGCUCAUCAUCUGUUCUCCUCUUGUCAGAGUAACCAACCUCCACCACUGCAAACAUGAUGUCUUCCAGGAAGUCAUACUCAGUCUCCGGCUCUGGUGCAAGCUCGAGGAGGUCCAUUGUGCCAUCCUCCUACUCUGUACAAAGAUCCAGUUUUGGUUCAGGUGCAGGUUUUAGUGCUGGAGCAGCUGGAGCUGGCUCAGGUUAUGGUGGAGGUUUCAGUUCAGCUAAUGCUGGUGGUUAUGGUGGAGGAUUCAGUUCAGCUAAUGCUGGCGGUUAUGGUGGAGGUUUCAGUUCAGUUAGUGCUGGAGGUUAUGGCGGCCUUCGUGCCAGCCAAGCAGGAGGCCUCAUGUGUGCACCGAUCACAGCCGUCACAGUCAACCAGAGCCUGCUGACCCCCCUGAACCUUUCAAUUGACCCCAACAUCCAGACUGUCCGCACCCAUGAGAAGGAGCAGAUCAAGACCCUCAACAACCGCUUCGCCUCCUUCAUCGACAAGGUCAGGUUCCUGGAGCAGCAGAACAAGAUGCUGGAGACCAAAUGGAGCCUACUGCAGGAGCAGACCACAACCCGCUCCAACAUCGAUAGCAUGUUCGAGGCUUACAUUUCCAACCUGCGCAGACAGCACGACGGACUGGGCAAUGAGAAAGUCAAGCUGGAGGGAGAGCUGAGGAACAUGCAGGGUCUGGUUGAGGACUUCAAGAAUAAGUAUGAAGAUGAAAUCAACAAACGUUCAGCUGCAGAGAACGAGUUUGUGCUCUUGAAGAAGGAUGUUGAUGGUGCCUACAUGAACAAGGUGGAGCUGGAAGCCAAGGCUGAUGCUCUUCAGGAUGAGAUCAACUUCCUCAGGGCCGUCUAUGAGGCUGAGCUUCAUGAGUUGCAGAGCCAGAUCAAGGACACCUCGGUCGUUGUGGAGAUGGACAACAGCCGUAACCUGGACAUGGACUCUAUUGUGGCUGAAGUGCGUGCUCAGUAUGAGGACAUUGCCAGCCGCAGCAGAGCAGAAGCAGAGGGCUGGUACAAACAGAAGUAUGAGGAGAUGCAGACCUCUGCCGGACAGCAUGGUGACGACGUGCGCACAACAAAGUCAGAGAUUUCUGAGCUGAACCGCAUGAUCUCCCGUCUUCAGAAUGAGAUUGAGGCUGUCAAGGGACAGAGGGCCGGCCUUGAGGCUCAGAUCGCAGAGGCAGAGGAGCGUGGUGAGCUGGCAGUGAAAGAUGCCAAGCUCCGCAUCAGAGACCUGGAGGAUGCUCUGCAGAGAGCCAAGCAGGACAUGGCCCGCCAGGUGCGCGAAUACCAGGAGCUGAUGAACGUCAAGCUGGCCCUGGACAUCGAAAUCGCCACCUACAGGAAACUGCUUGAAGGAGAGGAGGACAGACUUACCAGCGGAGGCUCAACUGCAACCAUCCAUGUGCAGCAGUCCUCUGGUGGUGUGUCCAGUGCCUACGGAAGCAGCUCAGGUGGCGGCUACGGAAGCAGCUCAGGUGGCGGCUACGGAAGCAGCUCAGGUGGCGGCUACGGAAGCAGCUCAGGUGGCGGCUACGGAAGCAGCUCAGGUGGCGCCUACGGAAGCAGCUACGGUGGCGGCAGUACCAAAACUAUCACAAAGUCCAGUACAUCCAGUACCAGAAGAGCAUAUUAAAAAAGGAGAGCUGUCCCUUUUUCCCUUCAGAAACUCAUGAGUUUGAUCUAAUUCCGUACCCAUUCAUGGUGCUAUGCAAUGUUGUUAGGCAUGUUCCACUGGCAGUUUUUCGACUGUUGUCUGUGCUUUUUGUAUUAGCUUAACAUGUCUUUAAGCACAGCUAGGCCAGGUCAGUUGUUUCUGCACUGACAACCAACAAAUAAGAAAAAAACUUGAGGGGAUGGAGUGUGAAAACUAAGCAAGGAACCUUUUGAUUGUCAUCAAUUUUGUCAACUUAAGCACUUUUGUUUUACUCUAGUGUACUGAUGUACUGUUGUGUUUACAGAUCUGUCAAAUGGUUUCAUGUAUAGGUUUGGACUUAUUUUCCUUCAAGAAAAUAUUAGGUUGAAACUAAAUGUGUUUGUAUAAGCCUUCCUACGGACUUUGACUAAUGAACAUUGCUGCAAAUUACAUCAAAUGAAUGUGAAUCAAAUAAAACUGAGAACUGAAAGGA